AUGUAUCUCUGCAAACUCGACGUCACCAUAGUCGUCGACAGUUCUGGCAGUAUCGAGGAGUACUUCCAGAUAUACAAAACAACGCUGUUGCAUAUAAUCCAUUUGCUGCCAGUCAUCGGGCCUGAUGCCGCGUUGGUAUCCGUCGUGCAGUACAGCGAACACGCUCACGUCGUGGUUCCUUUUCACAUCAACCAGACCAAGGAAUGGGUGAUCGGAAAAAUUGUGCCGCUCGAAUUCCUCGGCUCGACGACGCUCACCGCCGAAGCCGUUCGUCUGGGCAUCAAGCAGAUGCAGAACUUCCACAGGCCCGACUCGCAUAAGCUGUUCAUACUGAUGUCGGACGGAAACUCGUUCAACGAGUGGCAGUUCGUACUGUCCACUGCCGACCUGCUGCACAGCCUCGGCACUGACGUGCUGGUCAUCGCACUUGGCUCCCCGCUGUUCUUCCCGGAGCUCGAGGCAUACGCCGGCAGGAGGGGAGUGUUGCUGACCAACGAAAGUCUCAAUCGUCUGUUUCCGUUCAUCACCGACGAAGUGGGCCCUGACUGUGGCCAUCAGAACAUGUUCGUCACAGGCAGCACGACGGUUGCUUACAUAGAGGAACGAACCACCACUAUGCCGGUCGACAAGUGCCCGGCAAUCGAGACCGAUUUGGUGCUGGUGUUCGACAGCUCGGGUAGCGUCGAGAAGGUGUUCAGCGGCUACAAGUCCAUGGCCAUCAACAUCAUCCGUACCCUGCCGAUAGGCCCGAAGGCGACCCUGGUGGCCGUCGUGCAGUACAGUGGCAGCAGCGCCGUGAAACUGCGCUUCGGCCUCGACGAAACGUACGACCAGGUGUUCGACGUGGUGAAGAACCUCGAGUGGCUCGGCUCGACGACGAAGACCGCCGACGCCGUGCUGAUGGGCAUCGACCAGUUCAAAUUGGCGCCGCACAGGAACGCCAGACGCCUGUUCGUCCUGCUGACCGACGGCAACUCGUUCGAUCCGUGGGAGAAGGUGCAGGAGACUGCCCAGAAGCUGCACGAGACCGGUAGUAAGUUCGUACUCGUCGCCUUCGGAGAGACGCUGGGCGAACGGGAGCUGCAGGAGUACGCCGGCCACGACGGCAUCAUCGUCUACCGCAACGAAACGAAACAACUAUUCAACAUCAUACGUCAAUACGUGCGAAGCUGUUGA